AUGAAUAAACCAUUUGGUUUACAAAAUAAUUGUAAUCAUAUAUUUUGUUUUGAUUGUUUAUCAACUUGGCGUCAAACGGGUAAUAAAGAGACAAAUAGACGAUGUCCUUUAUGUCGUAUUCGAUCAACAUUUAUUGCUCCAAGUUGGCGUUGUUUUAAUAAUAAUAAUGAUAAACAAUUGUUAAUUAAUGCACAUAAAUUACGUUUAAAAAAUGUUCCAUGUCAAACUUUGUUACGAUAUGGUUAUUGUCGAUUUGGUCAUCGAUGUUUCUAUAAUCAUCAUAUUCGAUUUCAAUCAUCUUUUUUAUUCAAUCAACAACAACAACAACAAAAUACAAUAGAACUAUCGAAUGAAAAUAAUAAUAAUGAACAACGAGAAUCAUUAAGAAGAAUUAGGUAUAAUUCACAUCGUUAUCGUCCAUAUUAA